AUGAGACUUGUGUGGGCCUUGGGAUCAUGGCUGGUGCUGGCCUGUCUGAGCCUGGCUGAUGACGUGUCCCCUGCAAGGCUCUUGGUGGCCAAGAGAUUGUUGAACAACAUGCUUGUUGAAGGAAAGGACCUUUUGGUCCAGUAUGGUCUCUACAAUGUGGGCGGGCAGGCAGGACUUGAUGUCCGACUCAUCGACCUUGGGUUCCCACCUGAUGACUUUGAACAUGUUGUUGGAGAGCACAGUGUCAGGUUUACUGCUUGGAUGUGGCCUUCCACUCUUAAGGCAGCCUUCAGUGGUGGGAAUGUCACAUACAAUGUGGUGGUGCGACCUCGUUCAUAUGGCUACUACAACUUCACUGCUGCUCAAGUCACCUAUCUCCCCACUGAGGAAUCCACACAGAUCCAGGUAGGAUACAGCAGCCACCCAGGCCAGUAUGGAAUCCUGUCCAGCAAGGACUAUGAGAGGAGAUACUCACCUCAUGUUAUGGACUGGGGAGCAUUUGCACUGAUGUGCAUUCCAACUUUGGCAAUCCCAUAUCUAUUGUUUUACAAGUCUGCUUCGAAAUACCAGGCCCUCAUGAAGCAUUCCAAGCGUCAGUGAUCUCUAUUUAUAUCGGUGACUGAGACUCCUGGAACAUGGAUUUGAGAAAGAGAGAAAAAAAAAGAGAAUUUCUGCAUUUCUUCCU